CCGCUCCAUUGGUGUAUUGGUCAUAGACAAUUAGUAAACAUGUUAGUUAAGUUUGAGGUAGAAUGAUGGAAUAGUAUUAAAAAACAACGCAACCAAAAAAAAUACCAUCUUUUAUGCAGAAAUCGUUGAAAACUGUAGCUGACGUUGGACUAUAUAUUUGAUAUAUUUAAAGGAAAAAUUACAUUCAAUUGGACAUUCAAUUCAAAGGGAAUAUUGUUUCAUUUUUAACGUUUUUUUUUUUCUUCUGAAUUAUGGAUGAAGAAGUGGGAAAGACUGAAAAUAAUGAUACAGUGGACAUGUUCACAACGUUACAAGAACACGAACUGAAAGUCAAGGAGCUUAGAAGUGUGUUCGUGGACCCUCCCAAAGAAAUGGACCCUCAAUCCCGAACGACAAAAGAGAAGAUCCAGGCUGGUUUACAGGGAGUUAAAAACAACUCCAAACGCUUUGUGAACUUUGUGAAAAGUAAGAUUCGGAGGAAAGAGAAGGAAACGAUUGUACAGGACGUAAAAAUCGUGCAGGAGGAUGACGAGACUUGGGCGAGAAGAUCCGUAGGCAGCGCCGCCUCGCGGUCAAGUAUUGACUCCAAACUGUCGUCUGGAUCUGAUAACAACGUAAAAAACACAGACAUUUUGAGUGAUUGUGAAAAUGAAGAGGUUGAAGAAUGAAAUACACGGAUAAAGCAAGUUUUAUAUUUCGUAAAUUUGAAAUCAGUUUGGUGCUGUUUUGUGCAAUUAAGAGUUCAAUACUGAGACAAGUUCAUGGAAUAUAACCUACUUCAGGUUUGAGGACCAAGUCAUCGAAAUGUUUCACAACUUCCAAUAAGUCUAAAAUAAUUUAGGAGUUGCAUGAAAGAAAAAGGAUUGUAAACCUUCCAUUCACUGUACUAUCUUUGUUCUAUUUCUUUAAAAAAUAAAAUAUCUUUAGAACUGAAAAAAAAACACUUUUCAGACAGUUACGCAAAUCCAUAUAUUUUUAAAAAUGUU